GAAAGACCAAGUCCCUUUGAAAACAAAAAUCAUCCACACAGAUUGAAUUGGGAGAAUCUAAAGGUCUCUCGAUCAACGAACGAUGACGAUUAUGAAGAUGGAAGAGACGGCGGUUGUUUGGACGCUGCUCCAGUCGGAUCUCCGCCCGAUCCAAGACGUUCUCUCCGAAUUCAACUCCAAGUUCACCCGCUCUCGCUACUUCCCAGUCUGCUCCUCUCUUUCCAUCCUCUUACAGGAUCCGAUGAUACUGAGGAGUACUGAUCGUCUAAUUGCAUUUGCUAUCAUGCACCAGUGUUACUCUUCCCAUAAACCAUCUUUAAACCCGUUUAUAUCGGAAAUGAUAAAUGCUGCUUGUAAUGAGCAAGCGGAGAAGUAUGAGAGAGCUUUCCUUCUCCACCUGUUUCAGUGGAAUAGCUACAACAAUGCUAAAGAGAUUCUCAAACUGUCAGCUGCUGAUUAUAUCAAAACGUUUGAUCCUUCAACUAAUGAAUUUCCCGAGCUAGGAGAGCUGCAACGAGAGUAUGGCAACAAAGCUGAUGGACCAUCUAGUCACAUGUUUGCAGACUAUGCUCUCAAAAAGCUAUUGCAUGAUCCUGAUGUUCCUCGUGGGUGCGAUCCUAACUCUCCAGAGUUUGAUGUCCAAGUCCAACCUGGAGGGAUUUCUAAAAUUGGAUCAGGUGAUAGAAACGAAGCCGUAUCUGGAAUAUUGGGAAGUUUGACUAUGGGGGGAUUAGCUCCUAGGUGGAUCCGUCCUUGUCCUCCGAGGUACCCAGUUCAUCAGAGCGAGUUGCUUUGGAUUGAUCCUGAUAACAAGCAUGAGCUUGUCUGGGAUGAUAAAAUGUGUGCUGACACUAGCAGAGGCGCAACAGUUAGAGACUUGCUUAUUAAGGGUUUAAAGGUGACACUUUCACCUACAGAGCAAGAGGACAUCACUACGGCAUUAGCAAAUGACCCAAAACUUGUCUAUCACUGUGGAAUAACUCCACGGAAGCUGCCGCAAUUAGUAGAGCACAAUCCUCAAAUAGCAGUUGAGAUUCUCACCAAGUUGAUUAACUCUCCUGAGAUUGUUGACUAUUUCACAGCUCUUGUAAGUAUGGAGAUGAGCCUGCACUCGAUGGAAGUUGUAAACAGGCUCACAACUGCAGUUGAGCUUCCCAAGGAAUUUAUACGCAUGUUCAUCACUAAUUGCAUAUCGUCUUGUGAGAACGCCAAGCAGCAAGACAAAUACAUGCAGAAUAGGCUUGUAAGGCUUGUUUGCGUCUUCUUGCAGAGUUUAAUUCGUAACAAGAUCAUCGACGUGAAGGAUCUAUUCAUAGAGGUUCAAGCUUUCUGCAUUGACUUUUCGCGGGUUCGAGAAGCAGCUGGUCUCUUCAGGCUCUUGAAAACAUUGGAAUGAAUAAUUGACUCUCUUUUCUUCUUUUUUCCUUUCUCAACAAUCUUCGUCUCCUUUUUCAUUCUAUUUUCCCUGAGUUCUUUUGUAUCCAAUCAAAGACAGCUCUAGUAUUUUUAGAUUCCUUAAUUUAUAUAUGUAUGUUGACAAAAGAUUUUGGGUUAGACUGUAAUGUCUUAGGAGACUGGCAUUCACAUUC